AUGACCACGCUCGACGAUGCGAGCGGUCAGCGUCAAAAUGGGAGUUCGAACAGUGUGAAUAACGGAAAGAAUGAAGGAAGAUCGCUUCCAGAGCGAUCUCGGACGUUGUCAAACUCUGAAAUGCAGCGAGACAAGAAUUCGAGGCUUGGAGGGCUUCAGCACGCAGACACUGCGCCCAUCGGAACAUCUCCUACGGGCAUGUCCAGCCCUUCUGGCGCCCCUCUCAAGGCUGGAGCGUAUGCAACGUCGCGCUCCGAGGACGGCCACUCGUCUACGAGAAGUCAUUCGAAUCAGGACCCAAUGCCGCCACCUCCAACGCCAUCAACGAAUCAAGUUCUCUGUGCGUCGUGUGGAAACGUCGUCGCUGGCCAGUUUGUUCGCGCGCUCGGUGUCGUCUUCCACAAAGCAUGCUUCACCUGCAAAGACUGCAACUCACCUGUUGCGCAAAAGUUCUUCCCAGUCGACGGCCCUGAUGGCCGCCCGUAUCCCCUGUGUGAGACGGCUGGGAUUACUCUGUGCCAACUGUGGGAUGGCCCUCCGAGGCAGCUACAUCACAGCAUGCCGUCAGUUCCAUCUAUCGUCAUGUGCGAAACACAAAGGCUCACGAGCUUCUCAAACAGAAAAGAAAUAUCACAUAGAACAUUUCGUGUGUUCGAUCCCGACAUGUUCAUGUUCGGCCCCUCGGACUCGUACUACGAACAUGAAGACUCUGUAUACUGUCAUUUUCACUACAGUACCCGUUUCGCCACCAAGUGUGCUGGCUGCAAUACUGCGAUUUUGAAGCAGUUCGUCGAGGUAAACCGCAAUAUGAAAGAGGACUGCUACCAUCCCGAAUGUUAUCUUUGCCACAAGUUUUGGAAUGUCAAGCUGUAUGCUGGCCCGAGACCAAGCAGCUCAGCGCUUGAGUACGGCUCCGAGAAUACGCAUUCAGAAGACGCCGAGCCCCUUUGGAGGGAAGAGGAGCAACGAGAAAGUGCUCAGUCCAUCCGAGCGAAACAAAAUCGGAUGGAACAACAAGUAAAUAGUAUCUGGACGAUCCUGUCCUCAUUUGAAGAGUCGAGCGCGGCUUGCAUUUCAGACAUGUUGCGGCAUGUGAGUGACGGAGAAUAUCUGGAUGCUGUUCGGGAUGCGGAGCGUUUCAUCCUCCAUGUCGAGGUACUGUUCGCUGCUAUUGACGAUUUGGAAUUCUGCUUUGCCAUCCGAAACCUCAAGGGCAUGUCUCACGUCCGAGAAGCGAGGGUUCUCUGCAAAAAGACAGUCGACCUUUUCACACUUCUCCAACAACCAAACAAGAACCAAGGAGGCAUGACGCAAGAGCUCUUAGCACUCGUGACUGGGCUCGCACACUAUCUCAAGGUGCUCAUCCGGAUAGCCCUAACAGCAGCCCUCAAACUUGACCGUGAACAUGGAAAAGAGGAUUCGAUACCCCUCUUCCUCGAUAGCCUCAACUCGUUGCUAAUGCAUCGUGGUAGCACUGCUGCUCGCCGAUUGAUGGAUCCCCAGAAAGCAACGGAGAGUGGGGUCAGCGGUGAAGGAAUCACUGCGACUCGAAACGUCGCCUUUGGAUACAAGAGUUUGGCGCCGGAAUAUGCGGGAGAGUCUCCGUUCUGGCCCUUGGCAAACGGCAGACCACCUCUCCAAAUCAUGCCCCUUUCCGAAACUUGCCUUGGAUGCAAGACGACGAUUGAAGAGGACUGCGUGCGCUUGGGGACAUUUCAAAGGUGGCAUACGCACUGCGUCAAAUGUAAUCAAUGUGGCAAGGCGGCAGGAGAACCUCUUCCGCCACCAAAACCACGGACUAAUGACGAAAAGGAGGCUGGCGUUCGACCAUCGGCGACUCGAAGACCACCAGCCUCUACCGAAGAGUUCCUCUUCGACCUCCCAGAUGGCGCGCCUGCCCCUCCACAACCUGCUGGAAGCCUCCUUGAUCCCGCUGAAUUUAUCACUGAGGUACCCGUGGCUAUCUGGUGUCUCGACCAUCGUCGGGUCAUCUCAAUCGGUGGCAUGCAGCCCGUCACACGACUGGAGCAGUAUUCCUAUCUUCUUAAUGUGAGGCUGCGCAAACUUUACAACCAGUUGAAGAAGCAUGGUAUAAUACCCGAAAUGCCAGCCGCAACAGAAGCGGAACGACGCGCUCGACGAGAAUCGUCCCAAAUUACUCCCGUACGAUCGGUUCACCAUCUUGAUCGAAAACUUUCGGCGACGUCAAGAAUUCCCAAACGAUCGACCAUCAUCGAGAGUGCUCCUGGCAGCGUGGCUCAGAUGGCAAUGGCAUCAUCCCAACGGCCUUCAGAAUCACAAAGGCCAAGCCAACCAGUGAGCCAGUCGCCGGCUUCUAGGGGUCCGCCACAUGUUCCUACACGACAGUCGACUAUACCUUCUCCAUCGGUAUCUGGGACUAGUCCAUCCUCUCCUCACGGCCCUCAGGCACCAUAUCCCUUGGCUCAAAGGCCUGGAAUACCUCACACCAAUACUCAAGUACACAUUAUGGAUCAUCCACCCCCGCCUCAGGCGCAGUCGUACAUUCUACCGCCAGAUCCUGCAGCGGAGGACGGCAUCACUUUAGCGGAUAUACCCCAAUUUAUUGAGGCUACGCAAAAUAAGUCACUGCCAAGUAUGCGUGGUCGACCGCAUGUAGCAGAGCUCGCGCCUCCGGAACUACUACUCAUCAAGUAUGCAGCGCUCCUCAUCAUCGCAAAAUCCCAGCUUGGAGAUCCUAGCCUCGUAGAGGAGAUGAUCGAAUUCUUGGAAGCGAAAAAAGGCGGCUUUUGGAACAAAUGGUUCAAUAAGGGCGACAAAAAGAAUAUGAAGAAGAAAGGCAAGGGGCUCAUUAAAGAUCAAAUAGAAAACUUACUUUUUGAAGGAGUCGACUCGAUGCUUGGAGCUGCGAGCGUCCCGUUACGUGUACCGAGCUUUAUUGAUGACAUUGUCUCUGCAAUGAAGCAAAUGGACAUGUCCAUUGAAGGUAUAUUCAGAAAGAAUGGCAAUAUUCGACGCAUGAAUCAGGACAUCGAAUCAUUGGACAGGGACCCCGCAUCGGUGGACUUCUCUCAAGAUAAUCCAGUGCAACUCGCUGCUUUAUUGAAACGCUUCCUUCGCGAUUUGCCAGAUCCACUGCUUACCUAUAAGCUUCAUCGCUUAUGGAUAAUGACUCAGAAUGUAUCGGACGUUCGCGAGCGUGCGCGGCUGUUGCAUAUGGUCAUGCUCUUGCUCCCAAGAUAUCACAGAGACACCCUCGAAGUGUUGCUUGUGUUCCUCAAGUGGGUGGCGUCCUUUUCCCAUGUCGAUGAGGAGACUGGCAGCAAGAUGGAUUUGGAGAACCUGGCGACUGUCAUUACACCGAGUAUUCUCAAGGCUAAUAAGCGCGACGGAAUGCACGAUGAAAGCUUCCCUGGCAUUCGUGUCGUCAAGGAACUACUCGAAGUGCAAGACGAACUAUACCUGGUGCCAGAGGAAUUCAUUCCCCUCAUACACGACCAAAACUACUUCCUUGGGUCUCUCGAGCAGCCCCGAGAGCUGCUGAAGAAAAUAGACACGUUCCUUAGAUUGCGCCAUGGACCAUCAAGUAUGCCAAUGAACCGGCCUUCAGCGUCCAACGGUACUGGGUACCAGGAAAACCCAUCGUCUGGCUUCCAUCACCCCCCCAACAACUAUGUGAAUGGCUCUCAGCAAUACGAGCGACCAGGAACGGCACCACACCCAUCAGAGUACGCAUCGAAAUCGCUUCCACCCCACCCAGGGCUCGUUCACCAGCCGUUCUCCUCUCCUCAUCCUACAUCGAGAAUGCAAGACUAUGCGGGCACGCCACAAAGACCGAGUUUGGAUGCGCAAUGGGCACCUCCAUCCAUCCCGAGCAGCGACUCUAGACGAGACUCGCCAAGAUCGCGGCCCAGCUCUUUCCUACGUCCAAGUGACAGUUCGCUCCCAAGUUCAUACUCUUCUACCAGAAAUUCGCCAAUCGGUCAAUGA